GCUGGGUCAUGCGCGGAACCCUCGAUUUUCUCGUCUCGGACGCGGUCGAAGCCAAGCUCCUUCGGCGCCUCUUUGUGUUUCACGUCAUUCCAGUACUCAACCCGGACGGCGUCUACUAUGGCAACAACCGAUGUGGGCUCUCGGGCUGCGACCUCAAUCGGCAGUGGAAGUCGCCCAACGCGACCGACCACCCGACGAUCUUUCAUGCGAAAGCGCUCAUCGAGUCGCUCUCGGUCGUCUUUUACUGUGACUUUCACGGCCAUUCGCGCAAAAUGAACGUCUUCAUGUACGGCUGCGACUCGAAGAAGCAUCCGAAUCCGAUCGCGCGGUACUUUCCGCGGCUCUUGGCCAACAGCGCGCACCGCUAUGUCUCGCACGAGGCGUGCAGCUUUCAAGUCAACCGCGGGCGCGAAGCUACAGCGCGUGUCGUUGUCGGGCGCGACCUCGGUGUCGCCAACAGCUUCACCCUCGAGGCGUCUUUCUGCGGCGCAGACUUUGGCGUGCUCGCCCAGAUGCACUUUAACAUUCGUCACCUCUUGGAUCUCGGGCUCCUCGUGGGCCAAUCGCUCUUGGAGUUUGCCGUGCCCGCGCCGAUGGACCGGUCGCCGCUGCUCGAGUGGGUGCAGCAAGCGUCGACGCCGCACCCGUCCCUCUACGCUUACAUUGCCUCCCAGUACGCCGACAAAGACGUUCUGUGGAGCACGAUGCCACUGCAUUUGACGCGCUCCAAAGUAAAAAAACCGCUGAAAAAAACCAAGUCGGUGAAAGCCAAGAAGGCAACCAAGCUGCGAACUCACGCCAGUUUGCUACCGACACCCGUCCCGCCCAUUAUUAGCGCCGUCGCGACCAAGCGAAAAGAGUCGAUCAAAGCCAAAGCCAAACCGCCGCUGCUGCCCAAGCCCAGCGAGAGCCUCAAGAAGGAACUCAAAUUACUCAAGCACGCAACGAUGCCCCUACCGCUCAAGAAGGACGGGAAACCUCGCAGCCGCUCCGAGACACCCAUACCGCGGCCCACCAAGGUCGCCGAGACAAGUGCCAGUGACAACAACCAUAGCGAACCGCUCGGACGGGUGCUCAAGAAAGCCCCAACGGUGCCCCCGCGCAGUGUAGGCCUUGGGUUCCGACGUCUCGCGCUGCCGACGACGACAACAGGUUGUACGCCCGAAGACGACGACCUGCGGCGGUCACGACGUGUGAGCUUCCCGACCGUAUCCAAGUAGCACAGGAAACUGUGGUGUUUUGUCGCAUAUACUAUGGUUGUAUUGAUUGA